AUGGCCGUCGGUAAGAACAAGCGGAUUUCGAAGGGAAAGAAGAGUGGAAAGAAGAAAGCAGCUGAUCCGUUUGCGAAGAAGGACUGGUAUGACGUCAAGGCUCCGUCCAUCUUCAGUGUCAGAAACGUUGGCAAAACUCUCGUCACCCGCACUCAGGGUACUAAGAUUGCUUCAGAAGGACUUAAGCAUCGUGUGUUUGAGGUAUCCUUGGCUGACCUUCAGGGUGAUGAGGACCAUGCCUACAGAAAGAUUAGGUUGAGAGCUGAGGAUGUUCAAGGGAAGAAUGUUCUGACAAACUUCUGGGGCAUGGAUUUUACUACGGACAAGUUGAGGUCACUUGUGCGAAAAUGGCAAUCAUUGAUUGAGGCUCAUGUCGAUGUGAAGACAACAGACAACUAUAGUUUGAGGAUGUUCUGCAUUGGCUUCACUAAGAAGCGUGCGAACCAGCAGAAGAGGACCUGUUAUGCGCAAUCUAGCCAGAUACGCCAGAUUCGCCGGAAGAUGAGGGAGAUCAUGGUCAGCCAGGCUCAAUCUUGUGAUCUGAAGGAGUUAGUCCAGAAGUUCAUUCCAGAGUCAAUUGGCCGGGAUAUUGAGAAGGCAACUUCAAGCAUCUACCCUUUGCAGAAUGUUUUCAUCCGGAAGGUCAAGAUCUUGAAGGCUCCAAAGUUUGACCUUGGGAAGUUAAUGGAGGUCCAUGGUGAUUACUCAGAAGAUGUUGGUGUAAAGUUGGAAAGGCCUGCUGAGGAGCCAAUGGCCGAGGCAACUGAAGUAGUUGGAGCUUAAGUAAAAGUUUUGCAAAUCUCCUUAUUGGCAUGUCAUUUGGUUCCUACAAUUUCCUUAAAUGAGACACUAAAAUAAUGUCAGGUUCUUUGUUAUAUUUAUUUUUGUUUGAGUGAUUAGAAGUGAAUUUUGCCAUGAAAGAAAAUAUUUUUGUGCAAUGAGUCUACCCAAUAGUUCCUAGUAUUUUAAUUUUACACUUUUAUAUUCUUCCUAUUUGCUGGAUGUAAUGUGUUAAACAAGUGUGGAUCCUUGUUGUCCUUAAUGUGUUUGAUCUUGAGUCUUUAUUUAAU